GUGGUUCGGGUUCUUUUGGUUCAGGUUCUUUCGGUGGUUCUGGCUCUUUUGGUGGUUCAGGUUCUUUCGGUGGUUCAGGCUCUUUAGGUGGUUCGGGUUCUUUUGGUUCAGGUUCUUUCGGUGGUUCUGGCUCUUUUGGUGGUUCAGGUUCUUUUGGUUCUUUUGGUUCAGGCUCUUUUGGUUCGGGUUCUUUUGGUUCAGGUUCUUUCGGUGGUUCGGGCUCUUUUGGUGGCUCCGGCUCUUUUGGUGGUUCAGGUUCUUUACCGUCUGCAGGUUGUUUACCGUCUUCUUGUCUUUUUUGA